GAGCCGACAUAGCCUUUGAAUAUCAGGCUCAAAUCUGGGAGGCGGUGCAGUUCCAAAUUUAAUGCAGUCAACUUUCGUCUACACGGGCGCCGUUCCUCUUGGAAUGUGCUGGUUCUGAGACAGAGGCGGAGUUGAGGACAAAGGUUUUAUGGGAAAAACGGAGGACAUCAACAACUUUUCAACGGGACUAUAAACUAUUAAAGCUCUAGGUCUACAUUAAGGAAAACCACAGUCUCUUUGUGGUGGGCCACCCCACCCCCCUGCAGCACCAUGUCCAAGUACCUGAGGCAUUUCACCACGGUGGGUGAUGACCACACAGCCCAUUGGCACAACGAGGGGCUGCAUGAGGCUAGAGAGGAGACUGGACCAGCCACAGGACAGCUGCCCCACUUACAAGUCACCUUCAGAGACUCCCUGAAGAGACUCUACAGCUCAGACAGAUUCCAGAUAGCUGUGGUAUGCCUGGUCAUCCUGGAUGCAUUCUUUGUGCUGGGCGAGCUGCUGAUCGACCUGUCAGUCAUCAAGUUGGAGCAUGGACACGUUGCCCCUCAGGUCUUCCACUACCUGAGUCUGGCUCUUCUCACCUUCUUCAUGGUGGAGCUGGCUGGAAAGCUCUUUGCCUACCGGCUGGAGUUCUUCCAUCACAAGUUUGAGGUGUUUGACGGGCUGGUGGUGAUUGUGUCCUUCAUCCUGGACAUUGUGUAUAUCGCCAGUGAAGAUGCCUUUGACGGCAUGGGCCUCCUGAUCCUCCUCAGGCUCUGGAGGGUGGCCAGGAUCGUCAACGGAAUCCUGAUGUCUGUGAAGUCACGGGCCGAUCGCGAAGUUCAAAAGCUGAAGGAGAGCAACGAUCACCUGGUCCAGCAAGUUAACGACCUACAAGAGCACAAUGGCAAGAUGGAAAAAGAGAACAGUAAACUACGAGCUCUCCUCCGACAGCAUAAAAUUGAGUUCUGAUGCAGGAAGAGGAACAUGAUGGCAUUUUUCAUUAUCCAUUUAUAGUGUCAUUGGAAUUGUUCAAUAAACAAGGCUAUAUUCUAAA